AUGGAAAAUGGAGGAUUAGGCUUCAGAGAUCUCAGAAAUUUCAACCUAGCACUCCUAGCGAAACAACUAUGGCGGCUUCAUCGAUACCCAUCAUCACUACUCGCUAGAGUAUUGAAGGGAAGAUAUUUUUGGCAUUCCAACCCUUUGGAUGUAGGCAAAGCGAACUCUCCUUCUUAUGGGUGGAAAAACAGUAUGAUGGCUGCUCGUGAUCUGCUUAAAUCAGGCCUAAGACGCUCGAUAGGUUCAGGGGCAAAUACGGUUGUUUGGAGAGAUCUAUGGCUCCCAACGUGUCCUCCCCGCAAACCAGCUGAUACAGGCGUGUACAAGAACCCAUAUUUGCUAGUGUACCAUCUUAUAGACCAUCAACGACAAGAAUGGAAAGUAGACAUCCUCAGACAACUCUUUACGGAAGACGAUGUCAAACUUGUCAUGUGCAUUAAACCAAGUCGUCUGAUGCAAGCUGAUAGCCUCAUAUGGGCAUACACCAAAUCCGGAACUUAUUCCGUGAAAUCGGGAUAUUUUCUUGUGACACAACAAAAAGAGAGUUUAGGACCAACACACUGUUUGGAGCCAAGUACCAAUGCUCUACGACAUAAAGUAUGGUCAGUUAAAACUACUCGAAAGAUUAAACAUUUCUUAUGGCAAACUGUCGCAGAUUGUAUCCCUGUCCGUAAUCGUUUGGUGGAAAGACAUUGUGGUAUAGACCGAACAUGCCCGAGGUGCGUCACAGAACCCGAGACGAUCAAUCACCUGUUGUUUGAAUGCCCAUUGGCAAUUCAAGUCUGGCAAGAGUCAAACGUUACAAUGACUCCGGGGGUUUUCCCGAGUAAUGGGAUUUUUACAAACCUGGACUUUCUCUUAUGGCGUGUAAAGGAGAAUCAGGUGCCGGACAAAACCAUUGACCAGUUCCCAUGGAUAGUAUGGCAACUAUGGAAGGCCAGAAAUGCUAAGGUUUUUGAGAAUGCAGACAUUACACCUGAACAUACUUUCCAACUCGCACAUGCAGAAACGGAGGCUUGGUUUGCCGCACAAAUCCUGGAAGAAGUUAUAGAUGAAGACACGAUCACACUCUCCACGGUGGUACAAGAGGAACCCCCGAUAAAUUUCCCGGGAUGUCAAGUUGAUGCCUCUUGGGGCAUUUAUAGUUACUUCAUAGGGAUGGGUCUCGUACUGGACCAUGAAAGCGGAGAUAACGUGUAUGGAGCCUCAGCAAGAUCACAAGUACUAUCCCCUCUGCAUGCUGAAUUUGCAGCGCUUAUAUGGGCCAUGAAGGUAGCCUUACAGUUAGGCUAUACCUCUCUUAGCUUCGAGACGGAUUGCCUCCAGCUGGUGACGAUCAUAGAGGAAGAAGAUUGGCCGUCAUUGGCCUCGGAAUUAGAUGAGUUUCAACUUAUUCAUGCUUCGUUUAUUUAUUUCUCACUAUCUUUCAUACCACGAUUGUGUAAUGUCUGUGCCGAUUGUCUCUCCAAAGGAGAAAGAGCAUGUGGUUUUAGUUUUACUCAUGUAAACCCUUCGAUUCCAAGCUGGGCAGCUCUUGAAGCUGUCUUGAUUGGUUAA